AUGGCGACUCGUGACCGCACGGGCGAGUUCCUGCAGUACCGUGCGAUCCGGCCACGCCGGCCUGAGACGGAGCAGUUGCUUGCCGAAGAGGAGAAUAUGAAUCGCGUCUAUGUGACGCCGCUUUGGGUGAAAAAGAUGGCUGAUGUCCGUCGCAUUGAAGACCAAAUCAAGGAGCAAAUGGCGGCUCUCGAGAAGCUGCGGAAGGACCACCUCAAGGUGGAGUUCAGCUCCACGCGUGACGAAGGCCGCGAGGAGGCCGAGAUCGAGGAUGCUCAGAACACCAUUGAUCGCCUCUUCAAGCAAAGCGAGAUGGGCGUGAAGGACUUGGAAAUCUCCUACACACGCGACCUCCCUGACGGGGGCACGGAUGCCGAGUUGAGCAUUUUGCGCAAUGUCAAGAUGUGCCUAGUGAACGAGAUCAACAACGUCAGCAAGCUCUACCGCGAGAGCCAACGCCGUUACAUGAUGGAUGUGAAGAAACAGCAGCUCGUCUCUCAGCGCUGGGCUGGCGGCGAUCGGCAGAAGGCGGUGGAGCAGCAGCUGGAGAACGACGCGCUUAUGGAUCAGUACCUCCAGAAGGGUAUGACGCAGGAGCAGGUCGAGACGAUCAUGCUAAAUCAGCAGAUGGCAGAUGAGCGGGUGAAGGAGUUUGAGCGCAUCUACAGCUCCAUCAAGUCUCUACACGAGAUGUUCAAGGACAUGAACACCCUCGUCAUUGAGCAAGGCGCCUUGCUCGACCGCAUUGAUUACAACAUGACCAUCACCCACACCCGUGUGCAGAAGGCGCGCACAGAGCUGCAGAGGGCCGCGGAGUACCAGUCCGCCGGCACAUUCAAACUGUGCGUGCUCUUCAUGAUUAUACUCAUUAUUGGCCUUAUGAUAGCCCUCUUCUUCAAGGCCAUUACCUGA